GUGACUCCACUGUUUGUCUCCGAAGCCCUGCCCCAAAUUAAAGGCCUGCACGGCUCCAGCACCAGCACAAGCUCUGGAAGACCCCCACCAGACCCGGUCCGGCUCCGGUCCGAUGGGCUUUUAAGACCUGGGACGAACCGGGGAAACGGAGGAGAAGAACCUGGGGGCGUUUGAGGACAAGUCGCGUCUCUUUCGGAAUGCGUCUCCACAGCAUUCGGCCGAUGUGUAGGAGGUUUUGUCAAGACUGAAGAAAAUAAAGCACAAUGGGCAACGAAGACAGCCUGGAGGAUGUGUUUGUUGCCGUCAUUCGCCCAAAAAGUCAAGUCAGCCUGAGUUCAAAGGAGUACAGAGCCAAAGCUUAUGAGAUCCUGUUGAUUGAAGUGCCUUUAGAAGGGAAGGAGAAGAAAAGAAAGAAAGUCCUCCUGGCGACAAAGAUCAAAUCAGGAGGAGAUAAAUCCAAAUCCAUUCUAGAUUAUGUGGACGAAACAGUCAAAUUGAUGUCCAAUAGCCAAGGCUUCAUAGGAAAACGAGUGGUGCAUAUGAAAAAAUUUUUCCUUGAUGGAGACAAUGAGGGAAGAGAGGCUUCGUUAUUUGUUGUGCCAGCCAGUGUUAAAGACAACAGUAAACCUGUUUACAACGCGGGGAGCCCCAACUUCUACUGCUUCCAGGACAUCAUGCGAGUGUGUAGUGAAACCAGCACUCACUUCUGCUCAAUCACCUCCAAGAUGCUCCUGGCUUUAGACAAGUGGCUUGCAGAACAACACACUGUACCUCACGCCAUCCCUGCUUUAUUCCGGCCGGCACCUGUGGAGCGGGUGAAGACCAAUGUAAACAACCCGGCUUACAGCAGCGAGGGCAAGAUGAGUGACGAGGGGCUGCACAUGGGCUACACUGCCCUGGAGAUCAAGAGCAAGAUGAUGUCCCUGGAAAAGGCCGACAUGUGCAUCCUCAACCCGCUCUAUGGGUCUGAUCUGCAGUACACCAACAGGGUGGACAAAGUUAUCAUCAACCCAUACUUUGGGCUCGGAGCUCCAGAUUACUCCAAGAUUCAGAUUCCCAAGAGGGAGAAAUGGCAACAUGGUCCCAACUGUGUGUCAGAAGACAAGGAGCGUCAGUGGGUGGACGACUUCCCCCUCCACCGAAGUGCCUGUGAAGGAGACACAAAGCUGCUCUCGAAGCUCCUGGAAAGCGGUUUCUCGGUCAAACAGCUGGACAGUGACCACUGGGCUCCCAUUCACUAUGCCUGCUGGCACGGUAAAGUUGAAGCGACCAAGCUGUUGCUGGAGAAAGGCAACUGUAAUCCAAACCUGCUGAAUGGGCAGCUCAGCUCCCCUUUGCACUUUGCGGCCAGAGGAGGACAUGCAGAAAUAGUGCAGCUCCUGCUGCAGCACCCAGAGAUCGACCGGCACAUAGAGGACCAGCAGAAGAGGUCCCCACUUCAGGUCUGUGAGGAGAACAAGCAGAACGAAUGGGAGGAGACGGUGAAGCUCCUGCAGCAAGCCAACAGCAAACCUUAUGAAAAGGUGCGCAUAUAUCGCAUGGAUGGCUCAUAUCGCUCUGUGGAGUUAAAGCACGGCAACAACACAACAGUGCAGCAGAUCAUGGAGGGCAUGCGUCUUUCUCAGGAAACCCAGCAGUACUUCACAAUCUGGAUCUGCUCUGAGAACCUCCACCUGCAGCUGAAGCCAUACCAUAAACCUCUCCAGCAUCUUCGGAUCUGGUCAGAGAUUGUGACGGAUCUGACAGUGUUGGAUCCUCAAAGGGAGACGUCUCAGCUCUUCCUCCGCAGGGAUGUACGGCUGCCACUUGAAGUAGAGAAAAAGGUGGAGGAUCCGCUGGCCAUCCUCAUCCUGUUUGAUGAGGCACGUCACUGCCUUCUAAAGGGCUUCUUUCCUGCUCCAGAUAGCAAACUGAUCACACUGGCCAGCCUCCUUCUGCAGAUUAUCUACGGAAACUAUGAAAGCAAGAAGCACAAGCAAGGGUUCCUCAAUGAAGAAAACUUAAAAUCGAUUGUGCCGAUCUCCAAAGUGAAAAGCAAAGCAUAUCACUGGACCAACAGGAUUCUUCAUGAAUACAAAGCUCUGAGCACCAGUGAAGGGGUGAGCAAAGAGAUGCAUCACCUGCAGCGACUCUUCCUACAAAACUGCUGGGACAUCCCGACAUACGGAGCAGCCUUUUUCACAGGUCAGGUCUACACAAAGGCCAGCGCCAGCAACCACAAAGUCAUCCGGGUCUACGUCGGGGUCAACACGAAGGGCCUGCACCUUAUGAAUAUGGAGACCAAGGUCCUUCUCAUCAGUUUAGAGUACAGCACAUUUAUGUGGCAGCUUGGACACGCUGAUCAGUAUUUCCAGAUACACAGUGGAGAAAACAAAAUGAACUUCAUUGUGCACACAAAACAGGCUGGACUCAUUGUGAAACUUCUAAUGAAGCUGAGUGGACAGAUGACCCCAAAUGAUAAAGUUACAUCAGACAAAUAUGCCUAUGGCUGAAAACAGACAACCGGCUGCCAAACAUCACAACAGUUUGACUGACUCGUUUGACUGCUAUAAAAUUUGGACAGAGCAGAGUUGGACUCGAUGCAAACGCCUCAUUUUGUAUAUUCGACUCACUGAUAUCUUUCACAAUUUCACAUUGUGUAUUUUGAUGAGACAUACAAUAUAUUUUCAUUGCAUGUAAAUAUGUUUAUUUAAUGUUUUGUUUUAAUAAACUGAUUGAUGUAUGGAUUAA